CAAGCCGAAGAGGACCCACAUCCUUGUACAAGAUGGCACGUGAGCGCAUCGAGAUACAACCUCAAGGACAGCACAAACCAUAUCAUAGUUGUCGACACCACAUCGCUUCAUACCAAUUAUGACUUCUACACCGAAAGAAUUAUGACUUCUUGGUUGAAGUCCAGGUUCACUAAAAAGUGUCCAUCUGGCAUUCUUUUUCUUCACUCGCUUGCCAAGGAUCCGAAGGAUCAUGACAUACUGAUGCAGCGGCACCUCGAUAUGUUUGCAAUGAGAUUUCCUAACAAGUCCAUUGUUCCUUCCCACAUUUACGUGGUACCGACGGGGAACCCAGCGGAUGCGAAGCUAGGUCAACGGUUGUCUGAACUAGAAAGUGUGAUGAAGUCGUCGAACGUCAAUGGUAGCCGCAAAUGGCAUGUGUCAAUGUUCCCUGGAGUGUUUGAUGGCGGACCGGUAAUAGCAUGGAGCGCGGCAGUUCUUCUCAAGAACAUGGUUGAGAAUCAGACAAAUGAGAUGUUCAGCUCUCGAAGACCCACGUCAAAGGAAAUCCCCCCGAAGCUCCCAGAUAACUGUGCAGGACUCAAAAAUCUUGCGGAGCACCUUUUCGGAAGGUACAAAGAGGAAUCGAUGAACAAUAGUUUGGAUGCGAAAAUCGUGCUCGGGCGAGUUGUUCGGGACCUCACUCCCGCGAGCGACCCUGGUCACGUUUCAGCUCUCAUCGCUUAUGCUGAUCUUCUUUCCGAACGAUUCGCGAAGCAAGAGAGGAAAGCGGACUUGCACGAAUUCGUCACUCUCAGACGCACCGCUUGGCAAUCUACGCCUCCGCACGACUCAAGGUGGAAAGGAACGCUCGCCACGCUGGACGAUGGCUUAUAUGCACGCUUCGGGAGGGGAGGUGUCGCAGAUUUGGAGGAAAUCAUAUCUCUUCGUCGAACUGUGUCACAACUUACUUCCCUGCCAGAUCUCUGCAGAUCUCCCGUCCACCUCACGAAUGCCCUUCACAAAAGAUAUCGGAUACUUUGUUUAAGGAGUGAUCUAGAGGAAGCUAUUAAGCUUGCACGUGACGCAUUGGCACAAUAUCCCUCCAACGACCCAGAUCAUGCGCUGGCUCAGGAAUGUCUCGUGGAUUGCCCCCAAACAAAGGUCGGAAAAGGAGCUGCUUAUGCAGCGAGGGCAGUGACAGAUGCUUCCGAAUGCAACCCCUCUGAUAUCCAGAAGGUGAUCACGAACAUUAUUUCUGAAACUGUCGCAAAAAUGCCACCGCGACUGUUGCAUACACCAACUGGCGCCUUAUGCGAUCAGGAUGUGCUGAUAUCCCAUUUCGUGAAUAGCCCUGCAUACUUGGGACUAUAUUGACAUCUCCAGCGCAGGUCCAUGCGAAGAUUUCAUUGUUCUUUUGGUUUACCACGCUAUCCCACAGAUGGGGAAUUCGCCAGCCAUUACUACGCGACAUUGAAGGCGAAGUGAUCUAUGACUUGGAGCGGACGCAGUGUCUGGCGAAACUCUAACAAUUUUGUCUUGUCUCACUCAGACACAAGUUCUCAUGGGCAUGGAGCGAUACUUGUUGCAUCGAUAAAGACAGCAGCGCAGAGCUUCAAGAAGCUAUAGGAUCCAUGUUUUCUUGGUAUCAUCGAUCAUCCCUGACAAUUGUUUACCUGUCUGAUGUCUCCGACACCGGCUCACUAGCUGGCAGUAUCCGGUUCAAGCGCAGGUGGACACUUCAGGAAUUACUGGCUUCACGCGCCUUGUUCU